GGCCACAGUGUGUCUCUAAACGAUCGCCUCUACCAAGAGCCGGAUCUAAACGCAAAAUUAGUAAGCGUGUCGUUGGGUUCGCGGGGGACGUGCAAUUGUGCGUUCUUGCCAAAGUGGUUGCGCGGGCCAGACUUUUUAGUUCGACCGGAGAGUGAAUGGCCUGCACAACCUUCACUGGUACAGCCCGAAGAUUUUGAAUUUAAAAGAACGACAGCUCAAGUUCAUGUCUUAAGUAAAUGUGGAAGUUUGUAUAAGCUGGUUAACCGUUUUUCAAGUUGGACCAGGUUACAAAGGGCCGUGGUCUGGCUCCUGCGUUUCAAGCAGUAUAUUAUAGUUUCCGCUGGCAAGGCUCCUGAGGAGACAUUGGUGAGGGGCAAUAUUCGAGUCACGGAGGUGCGUCAGGCUACGGAUGGUUCGAAAAAGUACGUACAGUGUCAGGGCUUUACUCAAGAAUUAAUUAUUUUCCAAUCUACUCAAAUGGAUAUUGAUGGUAGAAGAAAAGCCGUUAGAUCUAGUGGUUUGACGCGCUUGUGUCCCGUUUUAAUUAAUGGUACAAUGCGCGUGGGGGGUUGCUUAAACUACUCGAGUUACCAUGAGUCGUUUAAACAUCCUGUGAUUCUUCCAAACCGUCAUCCUGUGACAGAUUUAAUAAUCAACAAUUUCCACGAACUAGAAGGGCACUGUGGGAGGGCAGAAGUAUUGGGGGCUAUCCGUCCAAAGUUUUGGAUCGUGAAGGGAAGCGUUUCAGUUAAGCGUGUUAUUGGUGCAUGUUUAUCGUGCUGGUGUAAAUUUAGGCCACCUCAAGGACAGAUUAUGGCCCCUCUUCCCCUACAGAGAACAGAAGUGGGAUGGUACCCUUUCAAGUGUGUUGGGGUAGACUAUUUCGGACCUUUUAUGACUAAGCGUGGGUGGUCUUAUGAAAAACGCUAUGGUUGUCUGAUUAGUUGCUUACAGAUCAGAGCCGUCCACCUUGAGAUGGCUUUCUGUCUUUCUACUGAUUCCUUUCUCCAGUGCGUAAUGAGGUUCGUUAAUAAACGAGGAAAGCCGACUGACAUCUAUAGUGACAAUGGAACCAACUUUGUUGAAUCAGUUAGGGAGCUCAGAAGUGAUUUAAAAAGGUGGGAUCAAAGGUUACUGCCCUCUGAAAUACAAUGGCAUAUAAAUCCACCCGCAGCUAGCCAUCGCGGAGGAGUAUGGGAACGUGUGAUCGGGUCAGUACGACGAAUCCUCAUUUCACCGUGUAACGAGCAAUGCGUAAACGACGAGCGUCUAUACACCCUCUUUGUACAGGCGGACCGCAUAUUAAACAACAGACCGCUGAUUCCACCUGCUUCACAUAGUAAUGAUCUUGAACCGCUUACACCUAACAGUUUGGUAUUAAUUCGAAAUAGUUUGGAGCUGCCCCGUACUGACACUUUGGUUACGCAAUAUCAUGCGGGAUGGAAACAAGUACACUAUUUUGCGGGCGUCUUUUGGUGA